UUUACAGAUUUAGGUACCAUGAACAGAUCAGCAAAACACAUUGUGACGGAGUUUGUUCUCCUGGGAUUCCCUGGUUCUUGGAAGAUGCAAAUUUCCCUCUUCACAUUGUUCUUGGUGGUUUAUGUCUUGACCUUGAUGGGAAAUGGAGCCAUUAUCUGUGCAGUAAGAUGUGACCCACGACUACACACUCCCAUGUACUUUCUGCUGGGAAAUUUUGCCUUCCUUGAGAUCUGGUAUGUUUCCUCCACUGUCCCUAACAUGCUGGCCAACAUGUUCUCCAAGACAAAGGUCAUCUCAUUUUCUGGGUGCUUCCUUCAGUUCUAUUUCUUUUUUUCACUAGGCACAACUGAAUGUCUCUUCCUGGCAGUAAUGGCUUACGAUCGAUAUUUGGCUAUCUGCCACCCUCUGCACUACCCCUCCCUAAUGACCAGGAAGCUUUGUUGCAUGCUGGUGUCCUUAUGCUGGCUCACUGGAUUCCUUGGAUAUUCAAUACCCAUUUAUUUCAUCUCCCUACUUCCCUUUUGUGGUUCUAAUAUCAUUGAUCAUUUCUUGUGCGACAUGGACUCAUUGAUGGCUCUGUCUUGUGCCCCAGCUCCCAUUACUGAAACUAUUUUUUAUGCUCAGAGUUCCUUUGUACUCUUUUUCACUAUUACAUAUAUCCUUAGAUCCUAUAUUCUGCUGCUUAGAGCUGUUCUUCAGGUCCCUUCUGUAUCUGGGCAAAGGAAGGCCUUCUCCACCUGUGGUUCUCAUUUAGUUGUGGUGUCUCUAUUCUAUGGGACAGUCAUGGUGAUGUAUGUGAGCCCUACAUAUGGCAUCCCCACUUUGAUGCAGAAGAUCAUCACACUGGUAUAUUCAGUAAUGACACCUCUCUUUAAUCCCCUGAUCUAUAGUCUUCGCAACAAGGACAUGAAACUUGCCCUGAGAACUAUCCUGUUUGGAAUGAGAACUAGUGAAAAUUCAUAA